CCUCGCGGCGUCGAUAUUGCGGGAAGAAUUGAACGAGGCGGCGUACACAAUGGCCCACGUCCGAAUUUUGCAGCGAGUCUUCGCUGGAGGGUGCCCCCGCGACGUUACCAAGUGCCCGCGCGAAUGGGAUCGAACCGCGUCGGGGGCGUGCUCUCCGCCGUCGGAUUACGAUGGAUGGUGCGGCGACGUUGACGCGCGCGACAUGUCGCCUGCAGAGAUCGAGGCAUUUUCGUGGAAGUGCAAGGCAUCGUGGCCGUGCGCAGCCCCGUGUAAGCUGGAUUUCGGAUCAUGUCCAGUGGCGUGGAGGAGUCAAGGCAGCGACGCGUGCGCGGCGCCCGCGGAAUACAACGGCAUGUGCAGCCGCGCCGCUGAUUUUUCGAACCAGACUGCGUCGCAGAAGGCGUCGUGGGCGGCGAUGUGCGACGUCGCGUGGCCGUGCGCGUGAGGACAUUUUCCGCG